AUCGAGUUCGCUGGUAAAUAGCAAUUAUGUCAAAAUGGUGUGUAUUGAAAGAGAGUUAAUAACGUGGGACGAUCGAUAAAAUCGGAAAAUCUACGCAGAAGCUCGUUACCGGGAUGCUCAAGAGGUGCGCAAAGUGCGAGGAUUGCGGUUACCACGCUUUAAGGUGGUCAAGCAGCGCUACCCGCAAGAUCCGAGGAAGUUCCAGGGAUACGUUUAUUGGAACUAACCACAUCCAUCCAAUUGGCAUUCUUAACAGGAUCCCGGUAAAUUCAGCAACGAGCUCAAGAUCGCGUAAAAAACGCGGUCUGGUUAGGGAGGUCCGCGUCCCCGUCAGAUUCUUCCGGAUCCAGUCGAGACUUCGAGAUCCAGAGGAGUUCGCGAAGCAUUGUCCCCGGUCGUUCCACUUCAAGGUCACGCGAGAGUUCCCCCUCGGGGCCGAGGGAGCGACACUGGAGACGUUUUCCAAGUCGGCGACGAGGCGACGUCUCCUUCUUUUUCUUUGCCCUCGGCCGAGCGACUGGCGCUGCUCGCGUGUUUUCUAAGCGCUGCGUCGAUCCGUGUGCGACGUGUCUGAGUAUGCGAAUUAGAUUGAUCUAUCAUUGGCUUGUCUGGCCGCCGUCUCGCCCACUGAUUGGUGCCGAGCAACUGUUAUCUUCCUGGAACCUCGAGCUAUCGGGCCGCGAGAAACGCGCGUGCUCCGUUUAAACAACACAAAUAUUUAGAGAAUUAUGCUCUACUACUGACUAUACCCCAUUUAAACUAUGCACACGUAUUGAUAUUUACAUCCCGGCAUGCAAUCCAUGUCAGGUGUGUACGUAAGUAUGCACUACAAGUUAAUUAUACCUGCUUAAACGGUUUUACUCAUUUUCUACCGUUUAAACUUCACGCGCAUAUUGAUGGCGAUUUAUAAGUAUAGGUAUACAAUAUGCGGUUGUAGGUAUUAAUUUAUCAAUAUUGCAAGCAUAUUACAUCGACUCGUUUCAAAGACCGCGUGUUGAGAAUGCAUUUAGAGAAUGUUAUGAAUACCUAGAGAAACCCAAAAGCUGAUGAUAAUUUACGUGGUGUGGAAGUGAAAGUAACAUUUAAUGCAGAUAGUAACUGUGAUCGAAUGUGGGUAUAUGUUUGUUUUAAAAAUGAUUUUGUAGGAUAUUUGUCCACGUCGAGUACAAACGCGUGCAAAUGCACGAAGGAGUACAGUUGAGCGCGGAUCAGGUAACGAAUCGACUUUGCCGAAGCCUAGUACAAGCGACGAUACACGAUUAUCGACUGUUCCCAGAUAGGAAUGGACAGUAGGGUCAGUGUUGGGCCAAAACCUACUGUUUCUGUAAACACGGCCUGCAUCGUGAAUGGUGUCUAGACGUUCGAAAUCGUGACUAGUCCAAGGUUGGACUGUUAGAAACUAGCUAUUUCUGAGAAACAUGUACUAGUGUCUUUAUUUCUACUCAGUACUAAUUCAACGACAGAGCAUAGUGCCGUCUCAGUGCUGUCGUUAAAUGCCAGUACAUCAUAAAAAAUUAUUAAACGGUGCCAACGCUGGGUAGCAAAGUAAGAAGCUUAUUGAGAUAGAAGACAUUCAAUCAUUGCCGAUGUCUAUAAGUCGUUUACAUGAAUAGUCGAUACAUCCUUGAACCAAGUUAAGAGGUUUAUUCUCGAAACCAUUCCAUGAUUUUCUGCGACAUUUCGACAUUGCAUAACCAUCAACACGAUGUCCCGUUUAAAAGGAAACCAGCAUAGAAUGAA